AUGAGCGUGGCGUCGUCGUCUGGCGCGUCUACCCCGACAGCGUACGGGGACGAGAACCUCCUGCGCAACUCGCUGGACCUUCCCUGGGUCAUCCAGAAGUACGGCGGUACCUCUGUCGGCAAGUCGCUCGACAGCAUUACCCGCAUCGUCGAAGGUGUCGCUCUUGCCUUCCGAUCGUACAUCCCCGGCAACCGCGUUGCGGUCGUGUGCUCGGCCCGUUCGACCGAGACCAAGGCCCUCGGCACGACCAACCUCCUCCUGCAGGCGUCUCGCGAGGCCCUCGCCCCCGUCUCGGCGCGGUCGGGCUCCAACGCCUCGCCUUCGGGCUACCAGACCCCGCUGUACCCCAAGCGCGUUGGCAGCGGCUACUUUUCCGCCUCGGUGCUCUCGUCGCUGUCGAGCCUCAAGGACAGCAGGGAGCGUGCCAUUGUCGCCGAGCCGUCGCGCUCGGCCUCGCCGUCGCCGUUCCAGCCCAUUGCCGGCCGGUCGCGCUCGCCGACCAGCGACUCGGGGACCGAGACGCCCGCGCACGUCGGAGACGAUCCGGCAUGGCACGCGACCGUCGACACGAUCAAGCGCGGCCACCUCGACGCCGCGCGCCAGGCCCUGCGUGCGGGUCCCCUCCGCGUCGAGCUGUGCGACGAGAUCGAGCGCGACUGCGAGGCUCUGCGCUCGUUCUUGAAUGCUGCCAACAUCAUUGAUGAAAUCUCGCCAAGGUCCCAGGACUCGAUCAUCGGCACCGGUGAGAGGUUGGCGUGCAAGAUUGUCGCUGCCGCAUUGAGGGAUCGUGGCAUCGACUCUGAGCUUGUUGUUCUCGACUCGAUUGUCGACGCUGCCAUGACCUCCGCCACCGACAAUGCCCUCACCGCCUCGGGCGACCAGGGUGUGGCACAGCUGGGCCAGGUCUUCUACGACGAGCUGAGCCAGCGUCUCGGCGACCGCCUGCGCGAAUGCGGUACCCGCGUGCCCGUGGUCACUGGCUUCUUUGGCCCUGUUCCCGGCUCGCUUCUUGCCCAGAUCGGCCGUGGCUACACCGACCUGUGUGCUGCGCUUUGCGCGGUCGGCGUCCAGGCGUCCGAGCUGCAGGUCUGGAAAGAGGUCGACGGUAUCUUCACCGCCGACCCGCGCAAGGUCAAGUCUGCUCGCCUCGUCUCAUCCAUCACCCCCGAUGAGGCUGCAGAACUCACCUACUAUGGUUCUGAAGUUAUCCAUCCCUUCACCAUGGAGCAGGUUAUCCGCGCCAAGAUUCCUAUCCGUAUCAAGAACGUCGACAACCCCUCGGGCCCCGGCACCAUCAUCCUCCCGGACCAAGAGUUCCCCGUCGGCCUCCAGACCCCGCUCCCUACCAAGGAGGAGGCGCGCCAGCACCGCCUCCCGACCGCUGUGACGAUCAAGGACCAGAUCAUCGUGCUCAACAUCCACUCGAACCGCAAGACCAUCUCGCACGGUUUCCUGGCGCGCAUCUUUGGCACCCUCGACCGCGCCGGUGUGGUUGUCGACCUCAUCUCGACGUCCGAGGUGCACGUCUCCAUGGCCAUGCAGGCGUUCUUGAAUCCCCGCCGCCUCGAGCGCCUCAAGCAGGACCUCGAGAAGAUUGGAGACAUUACCAUUUCCAAGGACAUGGCCAUUCUCUCGCUUGUCGGCCGCAACAUGCGCAACGCCAUCGGUUCCGCCUCGCUCAUGUUCUCGGCGCUCGCCCGUGCCCAGAUCAACCUCGAGAUGAUCUCGCAGGGUGCGUCCGAAAUCAACAUUUCGUGUGUCAUCGCCAACAAGGACGCUGCCAAGGCGCUCAACGUUAUCCACGACUCGUGUCUCGGCGAUGGCAUCGAGGACAAUGGCGACGGCCGCCACAAGGCCCUGUCGGUCGACAGCGUCAACCCCUCGGUCCUCCAGGUCGAGUACGCCGUCCGUGGCGAGCUCUCCCUCAAGGCCGACGGCUUUGCCGCCCAGCUUGCCCGCGGCGAGGACCUCCCCUUUGACCGCAUCAUCUACGCCAACAUUGGCAACCCCCAGGAGAAGGAGCUCAAGCAAAAGCCCAUCACGUACUGGCGCCAGGUCGCCUCGCUCGUCGAGUACCCGGACCUGUUGGACCACCCUCUUGCCGACCAGCUGUUCCCUGCCGAUGUCCGUACCAAGGCUGCCCAGCUCGUCAGCGAGUUUGGCUCGGUUGGCGCGUACACUGGUUCCAAGGGCUCGCCGCAGAUCCGUCAGCGUGUCGCCGACUGGAUCGAGAGGCGAGACGGCGUCCCUUCGGACCCCGAGCAGAUCUACCUCGUCGGCGGCGCUACUCCCGGUGUCAACAUGAUCCUCGACCUCGCGUUGAGGCCCCGCGACGCCUGCCUCAUCCCCAUCCCCCAGUACCCUCUCUACACUGCCACCCUCGCCCACCUCCAGGCCCACCCUGUCGAGUACCACCUCGCCGAGGAGAACGGCUGGGCCCUCGACCUCGCGUCGCUAAAGGCUGCCGUCGUCGGUGCCCGCGCCAACACGUCCAUCCGUUCCCUCAAGGCCCUUGUCGUCAUCAACCCUGGAAACCCCACGGGCUCGUGUCUCUCCGAGGCCGACAUGCGCGAGAUUGUCCAGCUGUGCUACGACGAGUCGCUCCUGCUCCUCGCCGACGAGGUCUACCAGACCAACGUGUACGACCCCGAGAACAAGCCGUUCGUGUCGUUUAAAAAGGUCGUGCGCUCCAUGCCCGCCCCGAUCAACACGUCCGUCGAGCUCAUCUCCCUCCACUCCAUCUCCAAGGGCGUGUCGGGCGAGUGCGGCCGUCGCGGCGGCUACCUCGAGGCCGUCAACCUCGACACUGAGAUCGAGGACCUCUUGCAGAAGAUGGCUUCGGUCCAGCUGUGCCCGCCCGUCGCUGGCCAGGUCGGCGUGGACCUGCUUGUCUCGCCCCCACAGCCCGGCUCCCCUUCGUACGACCAGUACAUCCAGGAGACGACCGAUAUCCACGAGGGCAUGAAGACGCGCUCAAAGUUCAUGGCCGAGCGCUUCAACACCAUGGACGGCGUCUCGUGCCAGCCCGCCGACGGCGCAAUGUACCUCUUCCCCUCGCUCCGCCUGCCCGCACCCGCCGUGGCCGCCGCAAAGGCCGCAGGCAAAGAGGCCGACACGUUCUACGCCCUCGCCUUGCUGGACGCAACGGGUAUCUGUGCCGUCGCCGGAUCGGGCUUUGGCCAAAAGGACGGCUCGUACCACCUGCGCGUCACGACCCUCACGCCCGGCGCCGACGAGAUGAUGGCCAAGAUUGAGCAGUUCCACGCGGGCUUCUUGCAAAAGUACGCCGCGGCGGCUUGA